GAUGCUUAGUGGAGGUGCCCCGACUUUUGGGUCCCUGAUGCAGCGGGAGCUAGAAAAAAGGGGUUUUUUUCCAAGCUUUCUCCCUCUCUCUGCUUUAACGCCUCCUGGGAGCAGAGGGCUCUAGCAGGAGUACCCAGGAGCAGAAACCUGUGAGACUUUCAGAUGCAAACGGUUAGGGCCGCGUAAAUACGCGUGCAAGUCCGCUUUAAAGUUGAGCAGCCGAGUCUUUCAGGCCCAGGACGUGAAAGAGGCCCGUAGUCAACCGCUGAGGCCUUCUGCUUUCCAUGUUGCUACUUAAAGCCGUGCCACAGUCCAGCUCAUCACAGAAAUAACUGAGGCCACGCCGCUCCUGUUUGUAGAGCCGCUGAGCCAGGGAGCGUUUCUGUGCUGAUACGGUUAGAAUAAUAUCAGUAUUCUCCUAGUAAUAGCAACCGAUCUAAAAUAACUUUUGGUUUAUUUGCCAGCGCAAACACUUUCUCCUUGCUACUCUGCUGACCUCAAGCCAACGUCGGGGAGACUCGUCUCAGCGGUGGGCUGCACCGUGCUUUUGGCAGCGCCACCGCUGAACGCCAGUACAGUUGUGUGCUGGGAGUACGAAAAUGGCCCUCACGAAGGAAUCAUCCUCAAGUAUUAUCUCAAUAAGCCCGUAAACACCGCUCCUUCCUACCAAAACCGCACAAAGUUCAACGAAACGGAUUUCUCUCUGCAAAUGGUGCUGCAGCUGGGAGACAGCGGGAGGUACCGCUUUGCAACAGAGGCACAGCAAACGGACUGGUUCCAGCUGGAAGCCAUCGAACCACUGCCUGCGCCGGAAAUCGUGGGCAACUCCUCUGUGAAAGCAGGAGGCAACGCUAAACUGGUCUGCAGCAUCCCAGAAGGGAAGGCAGACUCCUACUGGUGGAAGAAGAACGGAGAGCUGCUGCUUGGGAGUGACCAUUUGCAGUUCAUUCAAAACAACACGUUGCUCAUCACCGAAGCGACAAUGAAUGACAGCGGCUACUACACUUGUGUGGUCCGCAACGAAGUCAGCCAGAAUGAAACCUCCUUCCUGCUUCGUGUUCUGAAUGCUGCAAACAUGAUCUUUCCUGUGAUCAUGGCGUGCGUUGUCGUUGGCUCUCUAAUAGGUGUUUUCGUCUGGUGUAAGAGGAGGGGCUGCCUUCGUCACUGUGACCGUAGGUGGAGGGCCUGAGUGACUGCACCUUGCUCCCUUCCUCUCACGUAGGUGAUGAAUGCUGCCCGGGGAGCACUGGACACCUGUCAUCGUGCACAGUGGUUUGAUGCUGUCCCAGCCUCUUCUGGCCUCGCUUAUUAAUUGUUCAAGCUGCUAAAACCCACAGAUAUUUGCAGGGCUUGUUUUACAAACAACACUGGCUAGGACUCCAUCUGCAUUGUCCUGUCCUUCCCAAUGCUCCUUGCACAUCUUUGGGGGAGAGGUAGGCGUGGCCUUCUCUGGAGUACUGUCUGCUGCUUUGCUCCUGGCCUCCUUACCUUUCAUGGCUUUCUCCAAAGGCUGUGGGGGCACUUGGAGAAGGGCUGAUGGUUGUGGAUAGAGCUACUAUCCUGGCUGGACAAAUGCACAGGCCUGGAGGCUGCUGGGGAGUGGCCCCAGGUGCUCUGCUGCUCCCCGAUGAGAGACUCGAUGGAACUUGAACUCCUUCACGGUGGCCUCAAUGCCUCCUGGUGUGCUGCUGUUUUUGGGCACUUGGGGACUUGCUGGGAUGUUUCAGAGGCUGAGGCUAUGGGGCUUCCAUUGUGUUUGGCCCUUGGAGGGAGGAGAAAAGAUUUUGCUGUCACAUGCACUAGGGAGUUCAGGAGAUGAGCGGAGCUGGUGGAAGUCUACAGGGGAUAGAGGGGUGGCAUGUUAAUAAAUAGGACCUGCAAUGUAGUUUUGUUUUGAAAAUCAAACCCUAAAGAAGUUCCCACAACCAGCUGCUUUAGAGCUGCAGUGCAGCCUGACAUAUGCAUGGGAGACAUGGGUAUGUUCCCCAACUGGUCUCCCCUGUUCCCUCAGCCUUGGACUCAGGAAGGGUCUGAGGAUGUGCCCUCCUCUUCUGAGGGUUAGCGCGUGGGUUGUACUUGUGACAGUGCAAGCUUGUUCCUCCCUUUCGCUGCUCCUGCAGGAGAUGAUGGUUGUGAUCUGAUUUGAUAUGACCAGGGACAGUCCUUCUUUCCAGCCCCAAAUUCCUGCCCAUGCUCCUUCUGUGGAGCUCAAGAACGACUGUUAUGACUGAAAC